UUGGUAAUUUGUUCUUUUAGAGUGGAUGCAAAUUAAAAAUUGAGGGAUUUUUUAUAUAUUUUUUUCUUUGAUCUUACAAUGCUGGGCUAGUUUCAUUUUAAAAGGUGUAUACAAUUUGUGAAAAACGACCUUUUAUUCUAUGAAGAAUAAAUUCUCAUCAAUAAUAAUAUUUUGAAUAGAAAUAAAGUAAAGUUCAUCACUAUGUCGGAGACUGGUUGUAAACAUUUUCAACAAUUUGUCAAAGAGCACGGUUUAGAUACAUAUAGAAUAAUAGAUGCUUACUUUUCGGCUUGUAUAAAUAGAGAUGCAAGGGAAAAAAAGGCUUUAACUUGUUGCUGCUUCGAAUGUGGCAGUUUUGGUAUUCAGAUUAUGGCCUGUCUUCAUUGUAUAUACUUUGCUUGUCGUGGCUCACAUAUCAAUUCACAUCUUCGUGCGAAGAAACAUUUCAUAGCUUUGGAACUUUCUCACGGCACAUUAUUUUGUUGUUCAUGUCGGGAUUUUAUAUAUGACGCAAGAUGUCGAGAUAUUGCUUCCGUGAACCGAAAAUUAGAAACAAAGGAUUUACAAAAGAGUCUCAGCUGGACACCUUGGAUACCAACACCAAAAGAAACAAAUCUGAUGUUGGCCAAUCCAAAGCGUAGACAUGUUAGAGCAAAUGAAACUAUAGGCUUGAGGGGACUUAUUAACCUGGGAUCUACUUGUUUUAUGAAUUGCAUUGUUCAGGCUUUAAUACACACUCCCCUGCUAAGUGAUUACUUUUUAUCAGACCGCCACGAGUGUAAUGCAAAAUCAUCCCUGAAAUGUCUAGUUUGUGAAGUUUCAAGACUUUUCCAGGAAUUUUACUCCGGGUCUCGAUCGCCGUUAUCGCUACAUCGAUUAUUGCAUUUAAUAUGGAAUCACGCAAAACAUUUGGCGGGAUACGAACAACAAGAUGCUCAUGAAUUUUUUAUUGCGACAUUGGACGUUUUGCAUAGACAUUGUUUAAAAGCAAAAGCUGAGUCCGAGAGUACAAAUAAAUCAAGCUCCUCUUCAACGCAUACGAAUUGCCUAACCCAAUGUAAUUGCAUAAUAGAUCAAAUUUUUACAGGCAUGUUACAAAGCGAUGUAGUUUGUCAAUCUUGCAAUGGAGUAUCGACAACGAUUGACCCUUUUUGGGAUAUUUCCUUGGAUUUGGGUGAAACGGCACAUGGCGGUGCCACACCAAAGUCAUUGAUAGAUUGUUUAGAACGUUAUACGCGUGCGGAACAUUUAGGGUCAAGUGCUAAGAUUAAAUGUUCAACAUGUAAAUCUUAUCAAGAAUCAACUAAACAGUUUAGCUUACGCACUUUACCCAGCGUGGCUAGUUUCCAUUUAAAACGUUUCGAACAUUCAUCACUGAUAGAUAAAAAAAUUUCAACCUUCAUAUCAUUUCCUGUGGAGUUUGAUAUGACUCCAUUUAUGUCUGAUAAAAAUAACGCCUAUGGAGAUUUUCGUUAUUCAUUGUACGCGGUUGUAAAUCAUGUUGGAACUAUAGAUGCUGGUCAUUAUACGGCUUAUGUCCGACAUCACAAGGAUACAUGGGUAAAAUGCGAUGACCAUAUAAUAACUACAGCAACUUUAAAGCAGGUCUUAGAUAGUGAAGGAUAUUUGCUGUUUUACCACAAAAAUAUUUUGGAGUAUGAAUAGAUCGGCAAUUCAAAAUCAACAAAAAAAUUAAAUCAGAAAAGGAACAUGCACUAAUUUGUAUUUUUUAACUUUGCACUUGGCUGUUUAUUUAUAAUAACUUCCUACAAAAAUAAAAAAGAAAAAAAUAUUGUU